AUGGGAUCAGCAUUAAGUGUAAAUAGUGAUACAAAUAGAUUAAAUAAUAUAAUUAGAAGUUUAAAUGAAGCUAAUAAUAAUGGUGGUGGUACAAUAGAUUUAGAAGCAGGUGAAGGUACAGGUGCAAAUCCUGGAGAUGGUAUUCAAUUAUCCUCAAUUAUACCUCAAAUUUAUACAACAAAUACAAUAAAAAGUGUUGUAAAUGUACAUAAAGAAUCAAUAAAAUUUCAUAGGCUAGAUACUGAAAAUAUAGAAAUUGAACUAAUGAAUAAUAAAAAUGAAGAACAAUUAAAUAAUAAUAAUAAUAAUAAUAAUAAUAAUAAUAGUAUUAAUAAUAAUGGUGAUAGUGGUAGUAGUGGCGAUGAAAAUAGUGCAACUGCUUUAUCACCAACUACUACUGAUACAACAACUACAACAACUACAACCACCACCACAACAACAACGACAACGACAACAACUACAACAGCCAAAAGAUCAACAGGUGAAUAUGAUUUAACUUUUACUUUUGAUUCAGAAGAACCAUGUAUAGUUGAUAUAUAUUUUGUUUGUAGUGAAGAUGAGAACAAAAUUAAUGAUAGAAUAUCAUCAAAAUUACAUCUUGGACCAUUUGAAUUUCCUUCAGGAUUGGAUCAACCAUUUGUAUUAUCAUCAUUUGAUACUAGUGUAAGUUUAGGUGAUUUUUAUGAAUCUGAAAUAGUAAAUUGUAAUUUAGAAAAAGCAAUAUUUCCAAUGACAAUUUCUUUAAAAACGAAAUCUUAUAUAGAAUCAAUAAAUAUUAAUAAUAGUGGUAAUAGCAGUAAUAAUAAUAACAAUGAUAAUAAUGUAACAAUAAAUUUAUCAAAGACAACUGACCAAACUUCAAAAACAACACUACCAUCACCAACAACCGAAAUUACUAAAAAUACAUCACCAUCAAUACCUGAUGAUUCAAUUUUAAGAGCACAAUUAACAUUUUUAACACUUUUAAAAUGUAAUGAUUCAACAUAUGCUUUAAAACCAUUAAAACAAAAAACAUUUUUUAAUGAAAAAGUUUAUCUUGUUCAUGAUAUUUUUGGAUUGGAUUCGAUUUCCGAUGAAUGUGUUGCAUGUUUAAGCGAACCAAAAGAAGUUCUUGCAAUUCCUUGUCGUCAUUUUUGUUUAUGUAGUAAAUGUGCUGAAAUUAUGAGAAAUGUUUCAUUAAAAUGUCCAAUUUGUAGAACUCCAAUUAGAGCAUUAUUAAAAAUUGAUACAAAACAACUAUCAAAUAAUAGUAAUCAAUCUUUAGAACAAUAA